AUGCCAAAGUCAGAUGACGGCCCUUCUCAGCCCGACAAACCUGCUGUCACCCCUCUUCACCCUGCAUACACUGUCACCAAUGUUCAGUCCAAGAUUCAGACCCUUGAUGGCACCAAAGUAACAUAUUCCCAAUGGGUCAAACUAUUCACCUUUCAUGCCAUCGCUUACAAGGUCCUAGACCAUAUCGAUGACACCCAAAAACCAACCAAAACAGACCCUGAUUAUGAAACCUGGAAAGAAAUCGAUUCUUUGGUUACUCAAUGGAUCUAUAGCACGAUAUUUGAUGACUUGUUGGGCACCGUUCUUGACAUCACCGCUUCAGCUCUCGAUGAUUAUUGCCAACAGUUGAAAGAACUAGCAAACCAACUCUCGGAUGUCGAUCAACCCGUUACUGAGAGCCGAAUGGUACUGUUGGUCAGAGGUCUUUCAGCCGAAUUUGACAACAUUGCCCAACUCAUUCAUUCACAGCAGGCCGACUGGGACACGGCCCGUACUAUGCUUAAUGAUGAGGUUAUCAGCAGCAGCCUUCCUCGUACAGGGGCAGAGGCCGCGGACGAGGUCAGGGCUACCGUGGACGCGGAGGAAGAGGAAGUGGAAACAGGGGUCAACCACCUCCAACACCCUGGAAUUUUCUGA